AUGUCGGGCCCAAGAACGGAACCUUAUGCAAAGACGAAAUCAGGCAUCAACAGUGCUGAGAAGAGGGUAGAAUGCCACGUCCCGACCAGGCCGCGCUCCACAGUCACUGCCCGGUUUCUGAGCGUGACGAUGAAGCGUGACUUCUUUGACGAACUUGAAGUCAAGGAUGAUCAGAGAGCUGGGAGACAUUGUGCAUGUCACAAGCAGGGUAAACAAACAGAGUGUGGGGUGAUCACCCUCAGAUGUGAUGUGCAGCUGCAAGAUCUAGAAAAAUGGCAGAGUGACCUGCUUCUGUCCCAUCAGUUUUAUUUCAUUUAUUGA